UCGGAAGCAGACGAUUGCGGCAGUGAGUGAGUGGCUGCUGCAAUUCCACUGCGGAUGUUACGUUCCUUGACUGGAUGUGAUUUGCUGCGGUUCAAACCCAAGAAAUUCCGAACGACAACGUUUGAAUCGUCUCGUGAGAGGCUGGAGGAGAGUGUUUUAUCUGAAGAGAAGAAGCUGACUGUCCGAGGCCCCUCACCGGAUGCCCCCCCUACGUGUCUACCGGCAAGAGUUCGUGAAAUUGUCACAAAGAACCUCAACGAAAACUCUACAGGGGCCAUGUCCUCAGUAAUGUCCCUCCAGGAGGAGAAUCGGGUCCUUCAGGGAGAGCUGGCCAAGCUGGAGGACCUGCUGGCACACAGCAGAGCAGACCGCGACGAGCUGGCCAUCAAGUACAGCGCUAUCAGCGAGAGGUUGGAGCAGACGCUACGUUACGAUUCCGGGGACGGGGACCAUGACUCUCCGGAGUCUCGCAGCCUGGCUCAGCAGAACGUGGAUCUGCGCAGGCGGCUGGAUGAAGAGCAGGCGGCCUACAAGAGAAAACUCACCACGUAUCAGGAGGGGCAGCAGAGGCAAGCGCAGCUCGUGCAGAGGUUGCAGGCUAAGGUGCUUCAGUACAAGAAGAGGUGCGGAGAUCUGGAACAAAUGUUGCAGCAGAAGUCGGCAGAGUUUGAAAAACCCAGGCUGAGUGAAUCCAGUGAAACAUCAAAUGGUCGCUGUCCAGAUGAAUCGAACAGCAACCUUGAGGAUGCUUUAAUCCGUCUUGAAGAAGAACAACAGCGGAGCAGCAGUCUGUCUGCGGUGAACGCCAUGCUGAGGGAGCAGCUGGAGCAGGCCAGUUUGGCCAAUGAAGCUCUCAGCCAGGACAUCCGCAGGCUCACUGCCGACUGGACGAAAGCCCGAGAAGAACUGGAACAAAAGGAGUCCGACUGGAGGAGAGAGGAAGAGUCUUUCCACAGUCACUUCAGCAGCGAGCACAGCCGCCUGCUGUCGCUGUGGCGCCAAGUGGUCGGGUUCCGUCGGCACAUCUGUGAAUUGAAAAGUGCCACUGAAAGAGACUUGUCAGAGAUGCGUAAUGAGCUGGCUCAGGCGUCGCACUCUGCACAGGUGUCCUGCGCGGGUCUUUCUGCCACACUGAACACCAGAGAGGGAGGAGUCACGUUGGCCCUGGAGAGCGAGAAGGCUCUCAGGGUCCAACUGGAGCGGCAACUCAGGGAACGAGUGUCUGAGAUGAUGAAUCUUCAGGCCAGGACGGACGCAGAGAGAAGCGAGCUCAACCUCAGGUUGUCGGACUCUGUCCGUGAGGAGGAAAGACUGAAAGGCAAAAUUGAGGAGAAAGAGAGAGAACUCGUUCUUCUGUCCAGGAAGCUCGAGGAGCAGAGCAACAAUGAUGGGAGUGACAUGCAGCUGAUGAGAGCUCACACUGAGACGUUAUUGGACACGCUGCGUGACAUCGCUCAGACGGUCUUGACAGACGCAGAGUCGUCGGAGGCAGAUCAGGACAACACUGCGGCCCCACUACUGGCCUUUAUCCACAGCUCCUCCCCUGCUGCUCCUUCACGCAGGUCAUCCUCCCCCUCAAAGCUAACAACACUCUCAGCUCCCUCAGAGGCAACCUUGUCUGCUCUACGCUCGGCAGUCACGCACAAGACACUCUUGCUUCAGGAUGCCCGAGGGCGUUUGCUGUCUGCCCAGUCCUCCAUACAGCAGUUACGAAAACAGCUAGCUGAGGCCGAUACGGCCAGAAGAGAAGCGGAUCAACGACAUCUCACGCUGCAGAGAGAGCGAGACGCCGCCCAGCGGGACAAAGAAACCACGCAGCGAGAAAAGGACCGCCUCAGGCUGGAGAGAGACACGCUGGCCAGUGAGAAAAUGAGCUUGGAGCAGAGCAUGAAGGCAGCUCAGAACAGCAAUCAGACUCUGCAGACGGACUGUGAGAAGCUGCAGCUGCUUCUGACAUCCACACAGCGGGAGAAAGACCACCAGAGGGAGGAGAAGGAGGCCGCGGUCCUGGAGAGGGACCGGGCCAAGGCUGAGGUUCAGAGGAUUCAGAAGCAGUGGGACCAGAGUGAAAGCCGAGCAUCUGCCCAGCGUGGUGAGCUUUCUACAGUGAGGGAGACUCAGCAGCAGGCGGAAGCUGCGAGGCAGUUGCUCGAGAAAGAGCGAUCCCAACUUUCUGAAGCGCUCACUCGGGCUGAGAGCAGCAAUGCAGAACUCUCUCUACUGAUCAAUAAGCUCCAAUCUGAGGAUGCAGCACUCAGGGACUCUUUGACCAAAAUGGGCAGCAUGAACGAGGCGCUGUCCCAAGAUAAAACCGACCUUAAUACCUACAUACUUCAGCUGGAGGACGAGAAGGCCCUGCUGCACACUCAGAAACGGGAGGCUGAGCAAGAGAAGAUGACCAUCAGGGAUGAGCUGGUCCGGUUGGAGCAGGACCGGAUGGAGCUGGACUCCGCCCGCAUUACUCUGCGCCAGUCCCUGCAGGAUACUGAGUUGACACGUGUGGGGAUGGAGGCUGAGCUCCACAGUCUCAGGGCUGAGAGACUUAAGCUGCAGGAGAAAGUCACACAGCUCUGUACUGAGGUGACCUCCUUGGGUUCUGAAUUAAGCCUCGCCAGAGGAGUAAGCCAACAGAACGAAGCGGCCUUGGAGGAGGUCGGGCGCAGUCGGGCGGAACUGACCAGAGACAAAGCGUCUCUUGUAGUCCAGCUGACGGCAUCCGAGAGAGAAAACAGCGCGCUAUCGGAAGAACUCUCCGCUUACAGGUCGGAGCAUGAGUCUCUGGAGACCGCCCUCUUUGAGGUGCAGCAUCAACUUGCUCAGGUGGAGUCUUGCAAGGAGCAGCUCGGCGUAGACAACCAAAACCUUCGAGCGCGCAUUGAAACGGCAACAGCUGAGUUGAGGCGUGCUCGUUCUGAGGCGGAGAGCGCACUGGCCCAAGUCGAGCGGGAAAAACACAUUCUGACUCAGACGCUGAAUGCGGCGCAUCUGGAGGCCCAGCAUGCUUUGCGCAAGGCCAGCUGCGAACAUCAGGAGGAGGUGGAGAAACUUGUCACAGAAAAGGAAGCCCUGCGGCAGAGCCUCACGGUGGCCCAUGACAGCGCUCUGAAAAAGCUGAGGCGCGAGGUAGAGGAAGAGCUUCACAAAGCACAAAAAGAGAAGGAGGAGCUGCAGAGCAAUCUGACGACUCUCCUGCAUGAUCGAGAUCAGAGUCUGCUGCAGGCGGAAGCAGAGAAACAACAGGCUCUGUCACUGAAGGAGGCCGAGAAAACAGCGCUGUGUGACAGAGUGUCCAGUCUGCAGGCCGAGUUGUCAGCCUUGGCUGUGGAGGCCGAGCGCAAGGCCCGAGCAGCGGCUCUUUGCAAAGAGCAGGAUCAGGCCAGGGUUAGUGCUCUAACCAGUGAGCUGCAAGCGGUUCGGUCUCAGCUCGAGGGCGCUUCUGCCCUUCACGAAAAGGAUCUUCAAAGUCUGCGAGAGACUCUGAGUGACUUUCAGUCACGUGCUGAUGGUGCUGUCAAAGAGCUCAACAAGUGCAAAGCUUCUCUGGCUGUCAGCGAGGAGAGUCGAGAUGAGCUCAGGCGACACACGCUGGAGGCCGAGCGUCGUCUUAACCAAACGCAGGACGAAGCGGAAAACUACAGAAGGGAAGGCACGGAAUUGCGUCGCAGUCUGAGCGACGCCCUCAAGGAGCGAGACACCCUCAGCCAGUCCAACUGCCAGCUGAGGGAAACUCUACGGGGGGCCGAGACCGAGAGAAUCAGUGUGAAGCGACAGUGCGAGGAGAAGGAGCAGAGACUGAUCGUGCUGCAGGAGAAUUUUUCAUCCUCUCAGAAGGAGGUGACGGAGCUGCGCAGCUGUCUUAGGGAAGUUGAAAGGUCGCGAUUGGAGGCCCGACGAGAGCUGCAGGAAAUGCGCAGACAGUUGAAGGUCCUGGAUGCAGAGAAGGAUCAGAAAGGCAGGGAUGUCGCGGAGCUGCAGACGCGCUUGUCCUUGGAGGAGCAGCGUGAGGAAGAAAGAGGGAAGGAGGUUUUUACCCUCAAGCACAAGUUAACUGAAGCCGAAGGUAUUCAAGACUCCCUGAAGAGAGAGGUCAACCUGUUUCAGAAACGUCUGGCCGAGUCUGAGUCUUGCUGGCGGCUUUGCGAAAGAGAACUGACCGCUCAGCUUCAAGAGGCCCGAGGUUGCGAGAAGAAGCUGCAGGACGAAGCCAAGAACUUGACGCUUCGCGCUCAGGCAGCCCAGGACUCGGCCGGCGUGUACAGCCUGCAGCUGAGCGAGGCCCAGGGCCGACUGGCCGCCACUGAGGCCGAGCUAACGCGGGCCGAGGCCUCCAGGAGGGACCUGGAGUUUCGUCUGAGCGGCCUCCAGUCGGCGCUGACCAGAACACUUGGCAUCGGGGCUGGAGGAAGAGGGGUCAGAGGGAGGAGCCCCGGGGGCAGCUCCGCGUCUCCCAGCCCCAUGUCACGCCAUCACAGCAUCUCACCACUACGCUCCUCUCUCUCGCCUCCUAAAGAAUUUCACACAAGCACCCCUGACAAUACUCUGGGCUCCAGAGCUGUUUCUCCUGAGAGGGGAGGCACGCCUCUCCCACUCUCCCAGCCAGAGCUAGAUCCUGACACUCUACGAAGUGGUCUGAAGGACUUCCUCCUGGAACUCCUUGAAGCACACCGAGAGCGGGACGAUGCUCUGUGUCAGUUGGGGGCCGUCAAGCGGGAGGUGGACGAGCUGAGGGCCGAUCGAGACUUGGCUCAGAGUCGCCUCGCUCAUCUGCAAAAAAACUUACAAGACUACCAAGAAGGCAAGCGAGGCCUGGACGAGCGUCUGACACACGCCCAGCUUCAGCUCCAUCAGCAGGAGGAGGCGGUGAGGAGAGGCGACAGAGAGAGGAGGACGCUCGCCGACAGGGUGAAGGAGCUGGAGCGUGUGCUGCAGGCCUGCGAAGCGGAGAAGAAGCACACACAGGAACAACUGGAUAAGCAGCGAGCUGCAGAGGUGCGACUGGAAGCAGAGAGGAGGCGCCUGCGGGAGGCGCUGGAGGCGUCCGAAGCGCGGGCCACCCGGGUUGAGGUGGGUCGGCGGAGUCUGGAAGGCGAGCUGCAGAGACUCAGACUGAGCCUCGGAGACCGGGAGGCCGAGAGCCAGGCCUCCCAUGAUCGCCAUGAAGCUCUGCUUAAACAGGUAACAGACGGGGAAGGCCGAGUGUCCCUGCUUCAGACGGAAGUGGAGCAACUGAGUCAGGCUCUGCUCAAAGCCGAGGAAAACGAAGCUGUGCUGCGGGAGAAGAAUGCCUCCCUCAACCAAAGCCUGCAGGAGUUGGCGGCUGCUCACGGAAGCGCUCAGAGCCGCCUAACUGCCUUGCAGAAGGCCUUGAGUAUGACCGAGCAGGAGAAACAACACCUCCAGGAGCGAAUCGAUGAAUCCCGCUCGUCGUUAAGCGAGGCCAGGCGCAACAUGGCUACCCUCAACGAGCGCAUGCACAGCCUGCAGAGUGAGGUGCACCAGAGCCAGCUCCAACGAGAGCAAGUGGAGGCCGAGUUCACCAAGAGCCAGGAGGCUUUGCGGCAGCGUUCGGCCAGCCUCGCUGAGGCCCAGCGCGGCGCCCAGGCGGCUCAGGUGGAGCGGGCCAUGGUGGAGGAGCGUCUGCGUGGUCUCCAGAAAGCUGUGGCCAUGCUGGAAACCGAGAAGAAGGAUGCCGAGAGGCAAGCCGUGAGGCUGGAGAAGGAUAAAAAUGCCUUGAGGAAUACGCUUGAUAAGGUCGAGCGUCAGAAGCUGAAGAGCGAAGAGGGCAGCAUGCGUCUUUCGGCCGAGAGAAACCGAUUGGAUCGCUCCCUGAACACGGCGGAACAGGAGCUGCAGGAAGCCCAGCAGCAGAUUCUCACGCUGCAGACGCAGAUGGCUGACAUGGAGCAGUCCCACAGCGUGUGUGAGAGUUUGGUCAGGCAGCGUGAUGAGACCCAGCAGGAGGCUGAGAGGCUGAGGGCCAGCUUCAGGGACCUGGAGAGGACUCUGGGCUCCAGGGAGCGCACGCACCGGCAUCGGGUCAAAGGUCUGGAGGAGCAGGUGUCGACCCUGAAGGAGCAGCUACAACAGGAGAUGAAACGGCGACAGCCGUCACUUCCGUCCUCAUUUCUUUCCACGGCCAACUGAGAAGAAGCAGCAGCAGCAGCAGCAGCCGCGCCACCAUCAGGGAAAAUGACAUCACCGGUGGCCGAAAAGCAAAAAUGUGAACUCACACGCCUCGAUAUUAGGUAUUAUCUGCACAAUUGAAUGAUCUGUAUAAACAAUUCUGUUUUUUAUAAAGACGUUCAUUUUCGCACUCCAUCAUACUGAGAGAUGUCUCUUAAAUUUUGGUGGCCUUCUUUGGCUACACUGGGGAGCAAACUACUAAACGCAGCCCUCAGUGUGAUGCAGUGUCAAUCAAAAUAGAGCAUAUCUUUGAAAAGGCAAAACUGGUUCUUGUAAACUGGGCUGGUGUGCCUAAUGUAGUGGCCACUAAGUGAAUUUUAGCCUGCCUGUCAUUCGAAGUAUUAACUAUUUAUCAUCUACAUUCCAACGAUUAUGUUAACAGGAGGAAGAGCUGCAAUACAAUCGCUAGAAAAAGUGAAACGGCGAUAUUUACAAUACUAAACGCUAUUUUAGUACUCACCAUAAAAAGUCAUAUGCUUUUAGUGUGACGGAAAAGUAUUUUUUUUUUUUUUAAAUGCUAAUUACUUCAAUAGUAUUGGCUCACUGUGUAACUGCUGCAAGGGUUUCCCAAACUUUUAACCGGAUAUGGUUCCUCUCUAGUACACAAAAAAAGACUUUUUUUUUGUUUGUUUUCUACGUUAAGUCAUGACAAAUAACAUCAAAUGCCAACCAACAUGAAUCCAAAAGCCUUUUGCUCAUAAAAAAAGGAGACAUUUUGAGUUGCAGCAUUAAGUUUGGGGAACUCUGCCAGAUGAUUAACAAUGGCACAUGUACAGUAUGUUUGUAACAUCGAACCAUUUGUGGAACCUGAAUAAAUGAGUCAGUCACAUGCU